AUGUCCACGGACACCAAAACCUUCGACCCUUGCAACCCGCCCCACGACCUCCCCUCCAUAACAACCCACCUCCAAACCCUCGUAACCCUCAUAAUCCAGCACCUCAACACGCGAGACCUCCCCGAAUCACCAUUAUGGUCCUCCCUCUCGCCCAACUUCACCACGCGGGGGAUGGGCUACGAAGCACCGUCCGCGCAGGCCUUCAUCGACGACUAUCACGACUACGCGUUCCGCUUCCCGGACCACUGCUCGAAAAUUAAAGGGAUCGAAACGCAGCUGAAUUCGAGGCUGACUAGGGGGGAGGUUUUUAUGAGUUUGGAGUUGACGGGCGGGCAUGGGGUGCAGAAGGGCGUUUUGAGCAGGCAGUGUGUGGUUGUUUGUCAGGUUAGGAAGGCGGAAGGGCGAUGGGUUGUUGAUGGGGCGGUUAGUAUGCCUGGUGGGGGGUUGGAAGGGGGGGGAGGGGGGUUUGGGUUUUAG